AUGGCCAAAAUUAUCCUCUCAAUUCUCUUAGUCUGUUUGAUUGCCACUGUAAUGAUGGUUAGCGCAGACCCAGCUCCUUUCAAACAAUGUAUGAGUAAUGGUGUUUUCUUCCCACAAUCAUUGGAUAUUACUCCAGCCAAACCAAAGGCUGGUGACACUUUAGUUGCUGUUGCUACCGGUACCGUAUCUGCUACUGUUCCAUCAGGUAUUUUGUAUGCUGAUAUUUACUUAUCAGGUGUCAGAUUGUUUGAAUUUACUUAUGAUUUGUGCAAGUCUGUCUCUGGUGGUUGUCCAAUCACUCCAGGAACCAAGGCCAUCACUAUUCAAAAUUCCAUUCCAUCAUUCGCCUUCCCAGGAACCUAUAAUACUGUUGCAUCUGCCUAUGCUGACGCUUCCAAGACCAAGGAAAUUGCUUGUGUUUCUUUCAAUUUUACUAUUGCUUAAAUAAAUUAAUUUAUUAUUAAAAAAAA